GGGGGCUGGGGCUGAGGUUUCAAGGCAAAGAUGAAGGGCUCAGGGUGACCGCCUCCUGGCCCUGUGUGAUUAGCUCUAGCUAGAGGCAGAUCCAUGUUGGAACCGCAGCUCCCCAUUCACUCUGUCUCCCCCCCGCAAGGGAACAACCCAACCUCAGCCCGCUUGAGCGGGAGUCCCACUGAGGCGCCCUUUGCGGCGUCAGCUGCCACUGUCACCACCAGGUGGCGCCCCUUGCACCAGCCCGAUUCCCCCCCCCAGCUCACUAUCUCCCCCCAAUAUUUCCUUUCACUUUCGAUCUCUGGCUGUCACCCGGCGUGGCCCCUUCCACACCCAGCUGGGGCAAGCCUGAUCCGGCCACAGGCAUGAGGGGCCCCGGGCCGAAAUGAUAGUGCUGGCGCCAGCCUGGAGCCCAACUACCUCGCUGCUGCUGCUACUGCUGCUGCUCAGCCCCCGCCUCCGCGGGGCCCCGGACUGCUCCUUCCCCCACAGCCCCAUCUCCUCCACCUUCACCAGCACCAUCGGCAAGCUGUCUGACUACCUGCUUCAAGAUUACCCAGUCACUGUUGCCUCCAACCUGCAGGACGACGAGCUCUGUGGGGCUUUCUGGCGUCUGGUCCUGGCCCAGCGCUGGAUGGGACGGCUCAAGACUGUGGCUGGGUCCCAGAUGGGGAAACUGCUGGAGGCUGUCAACACCGAGAUACACUUCGUCACCUCAUGUGCCUUCCAGCCCCUCCCCAGCUGUCUUCGCUUCGUCCAGGCCAACAUCUCCCACCUCCUGCAGGACACUUCCCAGCAGCUGGUGGCCUUGAAGCCCUGGAUCACGCGGCGGAAUUUCUCCAGACUCCUCCACCCUGCUGCCCCCAAGGAGUCCUGGGGCCUUGGGGGCCACAUCCCUGCCGGCCCCGCAGGCCCCUCUUCUGCUUCUCUUGCUGCUGCUGCUGCUGCCCGUGGCCCUCCUGCUGCUGGCCGCUGCCUGGUGCCUGCACUGGCGAAGGAAGAGACAGAGGAUGCCUUACCCUGGGGAGCGGGGAGGUAUACAGGAGUCUACAAGCCAGGAGAGAGCGGCCUCCUGGAGCAGGCAGAGGGGACCGCCUCUGCAAAGCCCUCCUGGUGUGAAAAAGGUCAGAGGGAUCUAACAAGAAACAUCUGGCGUCAAUGGCUCACACGUAGAGUGCCUCAGUGUCUCAGGUCUUGCGCUGGAGCUUCCUACAGAUUAAGUCACUUAAUUGAGAAGCUGGUGCCAUUAUUAUCCCCAUUUCACAGAGGCGGAAACCAAGGCCCAGAGAGAGGAGGACACUGAGGCCCAGAGAGAGGAGUCACCUGCCCGAGGACACAGAGUCGGAAGUUGGAGGAAGUCAGCUAGAAGCUGGUCCUUUCCUUGGCCACAUUGCUCCUGUCACUGUCUCCCCAGGAUGGAGGCAACGCCAGCACCCAACAGCAGCCCCGGCCUCACCCUCCCCACUCUGUACAAAGCCCUUGUCCCCAGGAAAAUGUAUAUAAAUCAUCCUUUUCUACCA